AAAAAGCCCUGGGCUCCCCAGGAUGCUGAGUCCUGCUACCAACUGCUCAUUAUUUGCUAAAGCUGAACUCAAAGCAACAUUGACCAUGAGACUGUCCCUGUGUGUCCUGCUGGUCACUCUGGCCCUUUGCUGCUAUGAGGCAAAUGCAAAAGCCUGUCCAGCUCUUAUGUCUGAAGCUAGAAGCUUGUUUUUGGAACCUGAAUCGUUCUACAAGAUCAACCUUGUAAAAUUUCUUCCACGUCAAGAACUUAUUGAGGCCUCGCUGAAAGUGAAGAAAUGGGUAGACCUUAUGCCCUUCGAAGACAGAGCAAAACUUUACAACGUUGCGAAAGCUUUACAGUCCCAAUGUAACAGCUAAACAUUAAAAAUCUCAUACAUGAGUGCCUCUGUCAUUCAAGGAUGACCUGAUUACCCCCGGAAAAUGUGAAGGUUUCAACGUCUUGCUUCAAUAAAGUACUUGCCCUGCACUUCUC